AAACAUAGCUUAUCCGCAAGUAAACACAACAUCACAUGUGCGAGUAUAUUCUAUAGAUAGCACGAUUUAUCCAAACACAAUUAAGUUAAAAUCGUCAACAAUAGACGAAGUACAUUGUUGUCAACCGCGAAUUCACAGAUGUCUGCCGAACUCGAUCCAGUCGUGCAUCACUCGCCAGCCAUGUCGGUCGCGGAGACUGUGUUACGUAAAGUUCUCGACAAAAUCAUCGAAGAUCUCAAAUAUAAACAUGCGGACUUAUCGCUGAAUCGGUUAAAUAGUGGGGGUGCAAACUACACCUCGGCCUUAUUCGCAGCCACCGUCACAGCACCACAACAUGACACCUUAAAACUCUUCGCCAAAGUAGCAGAUGUUAGUGGCAUACUUAGAGAAAAAAUGCAUAUCGACAUCAUGUUCAAAACUGAGCACUUCGUGUACUCAGAUCUGGUGAAAGUGUACGAGAGGAUCGAAGACAGUCACAACAUCAGCCCGGAGCAUCGGUUCAUAUUCCCGAAGUUCUUCGGCAGCCACAACGUUGAGGGUGAAGAGACGAUUGUGAUGGAGGACCUGACGGCAGAAGGCUACGGCACUUACAGCAGAUUUAAGUGCAUAGACUGGGAGCACGCAGCCGCUGCAGUAGAGUACCUGGCGAGGUUCCACGCGUUAUCAUUCGCUUAUCGGAAAGAUGACCCUGAGAACUUCGCCAAAGACGUUGAAUCGUUGAAGCCUAAUGAGGCUGAUCAAAAUGAAGCAAACGAAGGGAUGAAGGAAACUUGGAAGAAGAUGGUAUCAGCUGGUAUUCAAGUGACGAAAGAGGAACAUAGAGAUAAAUUACUAAAAAUACUAGAAGCGACUAAUGGUCGCGAAGUGUUUUUAAAGUUCAGGGCUUCGCUGAGCACUCCAGUGCUUUGUCAUGGUGACUACAGAGUUAGCAACUUAUUAUUCCGACGACAGAAUGGCCGCUUACAACCGAUCGUGGUGGACUACCAGACUGUCCACUCGGGCUCGCCAGCCGCAGACCUGCUGUACUUGGAGUUCAUGGGCACAGACCAGCAGUUCCGCAAGGAGUACCAUGGGAAACUCCUGGACCACUACUAUAAGGAACUGACUGCAGCAUUGGACAGGUUCGGCAUCGAUGUCAAUGAGGUGUACCCCAGGGCGACGCUUGAUAAGGAGCUUAAGCAGUUGGCGCCAAUAGCGUUGGUGAUCGCGAUGGUGGUGCUGCCUCUGGUCCUGGUGGAAGCCGAGCAUGCCCCCCACAUGGGCGGCAUCAAGGAGAUGUCGGACUUCGCCAUCUCGCCAGGAGAACUCUUCGCUGCGAGGUAUAGCGGCCUCGUCAGCGACUGUGUAGCGUGGGGAUUUAUUUAGAACGAUCUCGACUGGUGCUAGGCUAUGAAUUUAUUGUAACUUAGCUUAAGAAUAUU